AAACACCCUUUUAUACCUCAACGCCCCUCCCCACCCCUAUAUUUCUUUACUGCUUCCUCAACUCAUAAGUUAAAUAGCAUGUAAGUUUAAAUUUUCGCCACUUGUUAUGUUGAAGCAGAAAUAGUCGAGUCCCUGAUAAUGUUCGCAGAUACAAAACAGAUACAAUGAACUAUGUACCAAUAUCCCCUUAAAAUAAUACAUAUAUGUAUUUAGUAAUCUCUUAGUGUAGAUAUGGCAACAGAUAUGCUGGAAUUGAAAAAGAAAGCUGUCCAAUAUUACCAUGACAACCAAAUACCUCAACAAUUCGAGAGCUUACUUAACUCCAUGUUUUACGAGCAACCUGAAGACUUGUAUGGAUACAUCUCAGAGCAUUUCGCAAAAUUAUCCAAGACUCCACGAAUAAUUAAGAUCACUUGUGCACCAUCAUUCAGUUCAAAUAAUCAUGAAAAUGUUACUGCUAAAGUUGAGUGCUGUGUAAAAGGAAAGAUUAAGACUGUUGCUAAGUUCCAAACAUUCGCAGAUAAUCAACCAAUCAUUGAACCAGUAAUAUCAAAAACACAUUCAGUGAAAGGUGGUGGCAAACGGGAUGGGAAAAACAAGGGAAGUAAAAAAGAUCAGACCCAGGAACAAGAACAUGACAAUCCAGUUGGAAAGCCAAAGUGUGUGUUUUCUUACAGGAAGUUCGUGUCCCUGCUUGAAGGUGACGUUGUUCCGUUACUAGAAGGCGUUGAAGUUUGGAAUCAACAUGAAAUUGAUAAAAAAUUAAGGGAACUAGCUUUGCAUCUCAUCCAAAAAGACUCGUUGAGUUCAGAAAUUCCACAGGUUGAGUCGUUGAAGUCGACUUUAAACGUACUUCCGGUCCAGGAUGGGGAGAGCGCUUCUCAAGUCAUACAGUCAAAUGAAAGCAUACAAAACUCAACGUCCAUUGUUGCUUCUGAUAAUACGACCACUGAUAUUCAACGUGAAGCUAACAUGGCGUGUCUGUUUGCAUCAACUCUACUUGCUGUAACAUCUGCUAGAUUGAAGGAGCUACCGUUGUAUGAAAGCCUUAAGGGUGGACUUCCUGAAGCCAUCUCGCUUCCAGUCUUUGCUGUUCCGUUAAUAAGCUGUGAUGUCUCCUCUCCGGGUAAACUAAAUAUUUUCAAAGAAGUUCUGGUGGCGGUAAAACCAUCCAUUGGCACUGCUGAGGCAAUGAAUCACGUCAUGUUGUUUGUUGACCAUGUGGAAAAGGCUUUAGUGACUAAAUUUGGCGCUUCUGGCCACGACAGAAAUUCAAGAGGUAUAUUUACACCAGCUUUCGAUAAAGCAGAACAGGUGUUUGAAUUUCUUGUUACAACUUCAAGAACAACAAUGGACGUCGAGUUUUCGGAAGUAUUUGAUCUUAUUGUAAACGUUAGAGCUGACCAAUUAUUUGAUGAUGAGAAGAAAAAAUAUGAUUUUGCAGCAGGCAGUCAGAAGUCAACAGAUGACAUGAUCAGUAUGUACAAAAGUUGGAUAGAUGCUUUUCCUGUUGUUGCACUGAUUGAUGCCCUCUCAUCGAAGGAUGAAAGUGAAAACGGGGCACUGUUUUCAGAAUUGUCUGCUCAAUGCUUUAUUCUGACAACGAAAGCUAAAACUACAGAUGAGGCAGAAACACUGUUAACGGAAAAGCACUGCGAUGGUAUGGUACUCCAUCCCGAUGGUUUUACGUCGACCAUAUCGGAUCUGUUUACAAGUGUGGAUGCAAUUAAAGAACUCGGAGGAAAUAUUAUGUUUGCUGACGAAUGGUGUAACGUUGUAAAUUCCGAAAUUGUAGUCGAUAUGGCAAUUGCCACGAACGCAUUAUUUAUCCGUACAUCUCCGAAGGACGGUGCAGCGUCCUACAUGAAUCGACUUUUAGAAGCAUACCAGGAUUUAAAAGAUAGAAAUUUGCUAACAGAAAGGAUUGACUAUGUGCAUACACUUCCAACCCAACUUUCUUUCGUCUCUGAUGCUGAGGGAGAAACGAAAGUUGAUGAAACAGCAGCAGAAAGAUAAGGUGGAAUUUCUUACGCUUAUUAAAUAUUGUAUAUUUGGACGAUAUUUUUCAUAUCUGAGAGCGCUUGUUACAUAAAAUGAGUAGUUACUGCCUAAUCAACAAAUUUUAGUUGGCUAGCUUUGAGUUUUCUGAAGUCCGCAAUGUAUCCCAUAAAAAAAAAUUCGACAUCUCGAGAUGUACUGAAUGUUCACUGUCUACUAUCUAGAGGCUUUUUAUAAAGAAUUUCUAUUCUGUUAUAGCGUGAUUUCCGCCUUAAGGUAUCCAUUUAGGCUUUCUUUUGGUUGUGAGCAGGAUCUUAUCCUCUUUGGUAUAGUUUUUGUUGUGUUAUGUAUUUUAUAAAUAAUGUUGUAUAUAUAUAUAUAUUUUUUUUUUUAAGAUUGUAUUUCAACUUGUUUAACUUAUAUUUUUAUGAUGUACAUACGAAAUAGUAAAUGGUUAAGAUCGAGUUCUCGUCUUA